CGAUUGGCCGUCUUUUCUUCCGCAGUCGGUGCCAACAUCCGCUUGGCCACAUCCGGGGACAUGACGACAUCGCCGAUACAAAAAAGAGAGAAGGAAAACAGGAAAAUACAUUUCUCUUGACUAGAACCGAGGAAACUUGUAAAAAGACCCUCUUGAUCCCGGCCGACCAGCCCCACCUCCCGACCCGAUCGAUCGCUAGUGAUCGAUAUCCGCUGAUAAUCACUCCGCCUCCACGUCCGCAAGGAGAGGCUGUUGAUGUUCUGAGUUUAUUGUUCUUCGCCUGGUACCCAGCCUGCUAAAGCUAAUCUCAGGCUACCUCCAGGGCUACAUUCUGCUAACGAGUUAGCCAGCUAGCGGAGGUUAUCUGCUAUCGCUAGCCGCCAGGCAGAGCGCCGAGCAAAGCAGCAGCAGCAGCAGCGUCCAGGGGAUCCAGCUGACCUGUCCGCUGAGAGCAUGGCCACCACGGCUCUGUACGCCUGCACCAAGUGUAACCAGCGGUACCCCUUCGAGGAGCUGUCCCAGGGCCAGCAGCUCUGCAAGGAGUGUCGCAUCGCACACCCCAUGGUGAAGUGUACGUACUGCCGCUCGGAGUUCCAGCAGGAGAGUAAAACAAACACAAUCUGCAAGAAAUGCGCCCAGAAUGUGAAACAGUUUGGGACGCCCAAGCCCUGCCAGUACUGUAACAUCAUCGCUGCCUUCAUCGGCACCAAGUGCCAGCGCUGCACCAACUCAGAGAAGAAGUACGGCCCACCGCAGACCUGUGAGCAGUGCAAGCAGCAGUGUGCCUUCGACAGGAAGGAGGAGGGCCGGAGAAAGGUGGACGGUAAGCUGCUGUGCUGGCUGUGUACUCUGUCGUACCGCCGCGUGCUGCAGAAGACCAAGGAUCAGAGGAAGGGCUUUGGCUCCUCCAACUCCUCCUCCUCCCUCGGUGAUAAGGACCAGCACUCCCGACCCCACCACCACCAGCAACACCCGCACAACCGUCACAGCAGCUCCCACCACAAACUGAGUGGGAGUCUGAGUCCGGAGCAGGAGCCAGGACUAUGGAAGCAGAGCCAUAAGUCGUCUUCCAUCCAGAAGGAGACGCCCAAGAAGAAACCAAAACUGGAGCUGAAGCCGUCAAACGGAGACAGGUUAACCAGUACUUUCUCCCUCACCAGUAGCUCCAUCACUCAGUCGAUGGACUCCGGGGGGACGGACAACUUCAUCCUCAUCAGCCAGCUGAAGGAGGAGGUUAUGUCGAUGAAGAGGAUGCUCCAGCAGAGGGACCAGACCAUCCUGGAGAAAGACCGCAAGCUGACGGAGAUCAAAGCCGACUUCCAGUACCAGGAAUCGAACAUGCGGGUCAAGAUGAACAACAUGGACAAGGCCCACAAGGAGUCGAUGGAGCAGCAGCAGACCAAGAACCGGGAGCUGCUGAAGCAGGUCGCCGCGCUCUCCAAGGGGAAGAAGUUCGACCGGUCAGGAAGCUCCCUCACCUAGCGACCAAUCACAGAGCGGCUUCACCCCGGACCCCCCCCCUCCCGGGCUCGGCCCAACGCCAUCAACACACCCGGGGGGGUACGCCCCGGACACGGCCGGGAUCCCCCAAGGGCGGACGGAGGGGAGCCACCCCCCCCCCCCCCAGCAGAGCGUCCAGGGUAUUGACAUGUUUGGGUUUGGUGCUGAAGACUCGGACCCUUGAGGGGGCGGGUCUGACCGGGGAGGGAGGGAAGGUGUCUCUCUCUCCUUUUAUUCUCCAGCACUGCGGAGGGGGCGUGGUUUCAUCUCCCAGAAUCCCCCUGGGUUCUCUGGGUCUCAUGUUAUUUAUUCAACCGUAUUCCUUUCGCAUUAUGUUUCAUCAUCAUCAUCAUCAUCAUCACACCCGAGUCCCGGUACUCUGAACGACGGGCGGCUUCUAGAAUUAUGGUUAGUCCUAUUUUUAUACAACGUACCUCAACAUGGAGAAGGCGGAGCCAGAGGAGGCGGAGCCAGAGGAGGCGGCGGUCAGCAGAGGGUCUUUUUCUCAGUGUCGACGCGGAGAGCAACCUGGACCCGGUCCGGUCUGUGUCGUCCCGGCUCUGGACAAGGCCGGACUCUGUUGUUAUGUGACAGCGACGGUGCUUGGGGUUUUUUUUCCUCACUGGGGCUACCAUGGUAAUGCAUGAUGAACUGCCAUAUGUGGUCGUAGACUGUAAUGUACAUUUCUACUCUUCUUUUAUCCCCCUUCCUCUACGAGCGCAGUGGACUCCUUAAUGUACAUUGGACUCUUGUCGUCCCUCCCUCUGUGAGUUCAGCGGAUCAUUUGUAAAGCUGUAUAUGGGGUCAGCGUUUGUAUUUUGAAGCUACUGCUUGUAUCGUUUUAGUGAGUACGCAUACAGCUGGUUUUAACCGGUCUGAGGAUGAGACUUUUUAAAGGAGGCAUCACACCUUGCAUAUUGAACUGGUUUCAUAUUGUCACACACGAUCACUUUUAUACUCUUUUCCAAUCCCAAUGUUUUAAAACUAUUAAAAGUGGCUAAAUGAGG